AACAUUAAUAACUUUAAAAAUUAUGAACAUUUCUUAUUUGGACACCUAUAAUAUCAUAUGCAGCAGUACCGUUCACAUAAUUCCAUUGUGUUAUAGAUGUAAAGUUUUUACUUACACUGCAGCAGUUAUUCUUAUUUUAUUAAUACCACCGACAUUUUUUUUAAAUUCUAUUGCAUUCGCUGUUAUUUUUAAAACAAGAAAGUUACAUACUCCAUCAAAUAUUUUAUUAGCAAGUACGGCGUUAUGUGAUUGUUUUAGUAGUACUAUUAGUAUGCCUUUAUGGAUAAUAACUUGGUUGUUAGGUCUUCAUCAAAAACACAGCUGCACAGUUUAUUUACUAGCCGUAUAUACAUCUCAUGUUUUUUCUUACUUGUCAUUUUUACUUGUAGGUUUUAUUUCAUUUGAUCGGUAUUUGGCUAUAUUUAAACCAUUUUUUUAUUCAAACAGAAUCAGUAGCAACGUUUACUGCUAUGUCCGUUUAGUGCUUGUUAUAUCUACUAUAGUUUUUACUUUAAAUGGAGCUAGUUUUUUAACUCCUAACAAACAAUUAAUUGAAAUUACAAUUUUACUAUCCUUACCAACUUUCAUGCUUCACAGCAUUUAUGUUCAUUUUAAAAUAUUAUUUAAAGUGAAGGAUGUCCGGAAAAAUAUUGAAAAGCAGAAAACAAAGAAGAAUAGCUUCACGUCGUUAACUGUUAAUUGUUCCGCAAAUUCAAUUGCAGUAAUAUGUUCUGUAGUUUAUAUGAAAACGAAUUCUUCUUAUGAAUCAUUAAACGAAAGAAAGUUCGACAAAAUGUUAGUUAGUCGAAAGCAGAAGCAAGUAAAUAUUAGUUAUUUGACCUGUCUUCUUUUAUUAUCACUAUAUUUUUGUUACACCCCUUAUGUAAUGGUUACUGCCACAUGGAGGUUUAAAACUAGUACUAAAGAAAUUCCGUGGACGCACGUGGCAUAUAUGUUCUCGUACGCAAUAACCUGCAUAAAGUCAUUUGUUAAUCCGAUAUUGUAUUGUUACCGAUCUAAGGAAAUCAAAAAGCAAAUAAAACGGCAAAUACUAUCGAUAAAUUUUUUUUCGUUCAAUAAAAAAUUUGAAAAUGUAAGAAAUUAGAGGUCGUCUAUUAAGAAAAUGUUUAUAAAAAUAUCUUUGUAUAUACUUUAGCAUGUUUUUUUAUUUAAAAAAACUUUUUAAAUUUACUUUCUUUUAAAACAUGUAUAUAAUUUUCAUCUAAACAACGGUUUAAAACCUACUUAAGAAUUUUUAACCUUAUGAAUAAACUCACUAUCAAGGAAUAAUUUUAGAGCAAAACCUCUUUUUUGGAGAUUUUUCACUAAAAUUAUUCCUUAAUAGAGAGUUUAUUCAUAAGAAGGCGUAAACUUUAAGGUGGUAGGGAUGCAAAUAGACUACUUUAGAAACAUAACUAA